GUAGGGCGCCAGACCCCCAACAGGGCAGGGGGGUGAGGGAGGGAAAGGGAGGAGAAGGGGGACAGGUCGGCGGAGAGGAAGAUGACGAUGCAGGCCGCAGCGAUGGCGUGUUGCGGUUGCGAGCUGUCUGUGCCCUUCGGUGAUUGUUCGCAGUUAUCCGGUCUCUCAUUCUCCUUCUCCGUCGGGGGAGGAGGCGGCGGCAGCACAGGCGCAGGCGGAGGCGGCUCCGCCGCGGCGCUUACUCGCUCGCUCUCGGCGCUCGGCUCCAGCGUCGUCUGUUCCAGCGCGCCGAGCACCGCGUCCCCUGGCCAGCUACCAGGUUUCCUCUGCCGAGAUAUCGGGCAUGGGGGAGGCGGUUUGUCGUCUUUGUUAGGACAGCGUAUGGCGGCGUCGCGCGGUGUUGGCGGCGGGCUAGAUCCCCCCGGCGGCAGCGGAGCCGGAGCCGGAAAAGGCCGUCCAGCCGGCGCCAUCGCUGCCCUUGGGGGUAUGCUGGGCAAGCUUUUCAAGGGGGCCGAUCCAUCCGAGCAAACAGCGAAGAAGUACGCCCCCCAAGUGGCCGAGAUCAACGCGUUGGAGGAGAAGGUGUCCAAGCUCUCGGACGACCAAUUAAAGGCGAAAACGAUCGAAUUCAGGGAACGAAUAGCGAAUGGAGAAUCUGUCGAUUCCCUUCUAAAGGAAGCUUUUGCAAUUGUCCGCGAAGCGUCAUGGAGGGUACUUGGCCUUCGGCCAUUCGAUGUUCAGCUUAUUGGUGGGAUGGUGUUGCAUGACGGUCAAAUUGCAGAAAUGAGAACAGGAGAAGGCAAGACACUGGUUGCCAUUCUGCCAGCGUAUCUUAAUGCCCUUUCUGGGAAGGGUGUCCAUGUUGUCACAGUGAAUGAUUAUCUGGCACGGCGCGAUGCAGAGUGGGUUGGCCAAGUGCCACGUUUCCUUGGUCUCAAGGUGGGACUCAUUCAAGCGGGAAUGAAGAGCAAUGAGAGACAAGAGAGUUAUGCAUGUGACAUCACCUAUGUCACAAACAGUGAGCUAGGUUUUGACUUUUUGCGCGAUAAUCUUGCUGGGUCAGCGGAGGAGCUCGUGCUGCGGGACCCUAAUUAUUGUAUAAUUGAUGAGGUGGACUCCAUUCUAAUUGAUGAAGCUCGGACUCCGCUUAUCAUCUCGGGACAAGCUGAAAAACCCAGUGAGAGGUAUUAUAAAACAGCCAAGCUGGCAGAUGCAUUUGUCAGAGAUGUACAUUACACAGUUGAUGAAAAACAGAAGAGCAUUUUGCUCACGGAGGAGGGUUAUGAGGGCGCAGAGGAUUUGCUUAAUGUAACAGAUCUUUAUGACCCAAGAGAGCAGUGGGCAUCAUUUGUAAUAAAUGCCCUGAAAGCGAAAGAGCUUCAGAAGAAAGAUGUAAAUUACAUUGUUAGGGGAAAGGACAUUCUAAUUGUCGAUGAGUUCACGGGCCGUGUUAUGGAGGGACGAAGAUGGAGCGAUGGUCUUCACCAGGCGGUGGAGGCUAAAGAGGGGCUCCCAAUUCAGAAUGAGACGGUGACACUUGCCUCUAUCAGUUAUCAGAACUUCUUUUUACAGUAUCCAAAAUUAUGUGGGAUGACUGGAACGGCAGCCACGGAGUUUGUUGAAUUCAACAGUAUCUAUCGCCUCCCAGUGACAGUUGUCCCAACUAAUAAGCCCAUGAUACGGAAGGAUGAGUCAGAUGUUGUCUUUCGAACAGAGGAAGGAAAAUGGAAGGCUGUGGUCGUUGAGGUUGCAAGAAUGCACAAGCUGGGGCGGCCAGUGCUUGUUGGAACGACGAGCGUGGAGCAAAGCGAGAACCUUUCGGCUCGGUUGGCUGCAGUGAAAAUCAAACACCAGGUUAUCGCACUUGGCGGUCUGCAUGUUAUUGGAACGGAAAGGCAUGAAUCACGACGAAUUGACAAUCAGCUGCGUGGAAGAAGUGGAAGGCAAGGGGAUCCUGGAAGCACUCGGUAUUUCUUGAGCUUGGAGGACAAUCUGUUCAGAAUAUUUGGAGGUGACAAAGUUCAGCUUCUCAAUGCAAAACCGGAGAAUGUGGAGAGGGAAGCAGAGAUUGUUGCCCAGAGUGGACGGCUUGGGGCAGUUACAAUUUCAACGAACAUGGCUGGUCGUGGAACAGACAUCAUUCUCGGUGGCAAUGCGGAGUUUAUGGCGAGGCUGAAGCUAAAGGAGCUUUUGAUGCCCAGGCUGGUGGAACCUUCUGAUGAGGAGAUCCCGUUUCAGAAGAAGGGAAGAAUUCCGCCUCGCAAAACAUGGAAAGCUUUGAUGAAGGCAUUUCGAGUGGAAGAUCUGCCAAUUGAAUCCAAGAUGCUAUCCAAGUCCCUGGAUGAGGCACAGAAGAAGGUGGAGACUUAUUUCUAUGAUAUCCGGAAGCAGCUGUUCGACUAUGACGAGGUACUAAACAGUCAGCGCGAGAAGGUUUACUCCGACAGAAGGCGCUGUCUUGUUUCACAAAGCUUAGAGCCACUAAUGAUGGAGUAUGCAGAGCUCACCAUGGAUGACAUUCUUGAGGCGAACUUGCCUCCUUCAGUUCCAAGAGAGGAGUGGGAUACAGCGUCGCUUAUUGGAAAACUUACGCAUCAUUUCUCUCUUGUGUGGCCUGACUUGAUUUGUCCUCUUCUGUCUAUGGGUGGCACAAAUGCUGAUAUUUCGUUUUGGCCUUUUUGGGUGGAUGAAUGCGCAUGGGUGAAAAAUGGAAUUCAGGAGAUGACCGAUAAGGUUGCCCCAGGACUGAUGCAGGAAGCCGAAAGAUACUUUGUGUUAUCACAGACGGAUAAUCUCUGGAAGGAGCAUCUUCAGGCCAUCAAGUUUUUACAACAAGCUGUAGGCUUGAGAGGUUAUGCCCAGAGGGAUCCUCUGAUAGAGUACAAGUUGGAGGGCUAUAACUUGUUCCUGAAUAUGAUGGCCCAGAUUCGACGAAAUGUUAUUUACUCUGUAUAUCAGUUCCAGCCAAUGUUGGUGAAAGACGCAAAUGGUAAAGAUGUGAAGGGAGGUAAGGAAAAGGCAACAAAAGAUUCCAAGGACAAGCAGCCUGCAAAAGAAGUGAAGAAUGGUGUCGGAACAUCGAGAGGACGAUAACCUUCGUUGCCGUCAUUCAGAUGCUGGCUGGCUGUGGAAAAGAGAGCUACGCAGGUAGUUGUCCCAUGCAAUCAUGUUCUGAGUUGAUUGUGCAGUGGGCUCAGCUAGGAUGACAGCGUUCGCCUGUGAAUGUGAAGAAGCGCACAGCACCAUGCGACCUUGUCUUUUUUGUCCGAGAGCCGUCAAACGCCCAAACUACAACAGCUUUGUCCGGGGUGACGGCAAAGGGCCCUCCUGGUGGAAUCUUACUAAUCUGCUCCAUAGAAUCUGAUCGGUUUUGCAUCAGAUCUGUACCAGGGCUGCAGAACAUGAAGAAGCAUGCAGGAGCGUGAAGGAGCAUGAAGAAGGUACGUAAGUUGUUCUACAAGUUCAGGCCAUACUCACAUAGAGAUUUCAUGCAUGUAUUUGACUGCAAAGGAUGCCAGAUGCUUAGAUUUCAUGCAUGUAUUUGACCGCAAAGGAUUGCUAGAUGCUUUUGAGAAGGUACUAGUUUGAGUAUCCAUGUAUUUGACCACAAAGGAACGCUAGAACUUUUGAGAAAGUACUAGUUUGAGUAUGGGCCGAAGUUAUAGAAACAACGCACUGCUGUCUGCUGCAAAGAGGAUACGGCCAGUCAUCAUUUUUGACAUCUCGCUCACGCUCAUUCUACGAUCAUCCUAUGAGUUUAAAAUUCAGAUUCAAUAUUCAUUCAGAGCCACAUGUGCAUAAUGAUACGUAUGUUUGGAGGGUUUUAAAUUCAAAUUUCGAAAUUCCAAUUCAGAACCACUUGUGAAUGACGCC